UAGGUCGCCAUUUUGAUACAUCACUAAAUUAAAGUAUCCUAAUAUCACUCGUGCCAGCGUGAAAAAGGCUAUGUGCUUAUAGUCAAUUACACAAUAGUAAUUAAACAAAAUGGAUAACUUUAAUUUGGGCGGCUCCCAGCUGUCUCGCAAUGAAAUCAUUCAGUUAUUUUUACGUGUCUCCGUUGCAUCAGUCAUCACAUUUUAUUCAGUAAAAUGGAUGAUGAAUCAACUUGAUCCGACCAGCAAGAACAAAAAGAAGGCAAAAUUGCGAGCUGAAGAGCAGUUGAAGCGGCUAGGCGAUCAAAGUGGCUUCAAAGUAAAUCCCCAACAAUUCAAUGACUACGAGCUCAUGAUUGCCACGCAUUUGGUGGUGCCUACUGAUAUAACAGUAAGCUGGAAUGACAUUGCUGGCCUGGACAAUGUUAUACAAGAAUUGCGCGAGUCAGUGGUCUUACCUGUAAGGCAUCGAGAUCUAUUUAAUCAGUCUAAACUCUGGCAAGCACCAAAAGGCGUCUUACUGCACGGUCCACCCGGUUGUGGUAAAACAUUAAUAGCAAAAGCCACAGCUAAAGAAGCUGGAAUGCGUUUCAUAAAUCUUGACGUUGCAAUUUUGACCGACAAAUGGUAUGGAGAAUCUCAAAAAUUGGCCUCUGCAGUUUUCUCCUUGGCUUUAAAGAUUCAGCCUUGCAUAAUAUUCAUAGAUGAAAUCGAUUCAUUUUUGCGCAGUCGCAACUCGAACGACCAUGAAGCCACUGCUAUGAUGAAAACCCAAUUUAUGAUGCUUUGGGACGGGCUUAGCACUAAUUCAAACUCCACAGUUAUUGUAAUGGGCGCUACAAAUCGCCCUCAAGAUUUGGAUAAGGCCAUCCUUCGCCGUAUGCCCGCACAGUUUCACAUUGGACUUCCGACCGAAGUUCAGCGAUUACAAAUAUUAAAACUUAUUUUAGAAACCGAAUGCGUACAUGACGAUGUUGAUUUUAAUCGAUUGGCGAAACUUACUAAUGGAUUCUCUGGUUCGGAUUUGAGGGAAAUGUGUCGAAAUGCUUCCGUUUACCGUAUGCGUCAGUUUAUGCGUACCAAUGAAAACCAAUUAACCGAACAAGCGGCACAACCUUCAACAUCGGCUCCCGCGGCCAUCGAGUUAAGAAAUCCGCAAAUUGCGAUAUCGAUGGAAGAUCUACUUAAAUCACACGAUAAAAUGAAAGAGUCUAAAUUGCACACUGGUAAUUUAUUUAUGGAAAAUCGAAUAGAAUUAGAUUAGAUAUUUACUAAGAAACUGUUCGCAAAGUUACAUACCUAUUACAUAUAAAUAUAAAACAUUUCACAAGGUGAUACAGGUUCCAAAUCGCUUAUUAUACUUAGGGAAAGAUCUAUUUUGACCAUUCUAUUUGCGUGUUUCAAAUCCGACAUUUCAUGAUGUUAAGCGUUCCUUUAGCAAAUUGCCUUUUUAGUAUGCACUGACAUAAAGAAAUGUUUGUGAAUUAAUUUCUCUUGAAAGAUAUGAGGAAAAUGAAUGAUCCAAUAAUAAUAAUUAUUAUUGAAUCAUGAGGAAAAUGGACAAAUACAUAACGAUUAUAGCACAAAUACAAUAUUACAACUAAUUACAAGCUGUUUAAGAUUCCUGUACUAUUUUACUUAAUAAAAAUCCGUGGAACCUUUAAAAA